UAAAUACGCCAAAACAAGAGCAUUGUCUGAAUUGGUGGCCAAAAGUGUGCGCCAAAUGGUUGACAAUAUAAUCACUAAUGAAGGCAUUGAUAAACCAUUUCAGACCCGACACUAUGCAUACGAUCUGUUUGCCAGUAUAUUGGGCUCAAUUAUGUACAGCGAAAAAUUUGAUAACGAGCAUCCUGCGUUAAAGAAAUAUAAAUAUCUCACCAUUGACUACAUACCUGAAGUGGGUAGUGCCAUGAUGAUGUACGAGUUUGUACCUAUGUCGAAAUAUUUUAUGGCCGACCCAUUAGCCAAAUAUAAAAGCUAUUUCAAUGAAUUGUUGGUUUAUACGCGAGAUAUAUACCAAAAACACGACAAAACAUAUGACAGCAAUAGUUUGCGUGACUUUUGUGAUAUACUAAUCGCCGCUAAACACGAGGCCAUUGCCGACGACAAACAGUCGGCACAAUAUUUGAUCGAUGAUAACCUGUUGGUGACGUUAAUUGACAUGUUUAUAGCUGGUGUGGAUACUUCACAAAUCACACUAAUGUGGAUUUUACUAUACCUGGCGUAUUACCCGCACUAUCAAGAUAAGUUACACAGCGAGAUUAGCUUUGAGCUAGGUGGUCGGGAACCGGUGGCUGAGGACAUACCUCGGCUCAACUAUACGCUGGCGUUUGUGUCGGAGAUAUUACGGCACAGGAAUGUGGCGCCGAUGGGUGUGUUUCACAAGACAUUAGCCGACUGUAAAUUAGGUGAUUUUUCGGUGCCUAGAAACACCCAGGUGUUAGUCCAUCAAUUCGGUAUUAUGAAAGACGCAAAGUAUUGGACAAAUGCGGAUAGAUUUGAACCUGAACGAUUUCUCGACGAGCAUGGACAAUUUAUACAAACAAAUCCCACAGCUUAUAUGCCGUUUGGUUGCGGUCGCCGUAUAUGUCCGGGUAGAGCGCUGGCUAUAAAUGAUGAAUUAUUGGUCUUGUCUAUUAAAUUU